AUGGCAGAAUUAGAGAUCAAACCUCACAGUGAUCUGAAGCAUCUAGAAAGUCAUCAUGAGGGAGAUGAAGCUCUCAAAGCACCUGUACUGAAAUCAAGUCUCGAUCAAUUAACACCUUGGCAGACCGUGAGAAGGUUCAAAAAGGCCAUUUUAGUCUGUUUCGCCCUUUGUAUAGCUGCCGCAGCUGACGGAUAUCAAAUCAACUUGAACGGUAAUAUCAUCGCGAAUGCAGGUUUCGUCAAACAAGUCGGUGUCCAGGAUCCCAAGACCUUGAAAUAUGCGCUCAAGCCACAAUCCACAGCUAUUUGGGGUGCGCUUCAAUCUUUGGGUCAACUAGUUGGAAUGGUCCUUCUCAAUCCAGUGUCUGAUAGAAUUGGUCGAAAGAUGACUCUUUAUCUUCUUUGGACAAUCUUACUUGGCUCACUCAUCAUCGAAUCGACAACUAAGACAUGGCAACAUUGGGCAGGAGCGAAACUGCUCGCUGGUGUAGGAGUAGGUUGUCUGCAAGCUACUUUACCUAUCUACAUCACCGAAUGGGCUCCUGUGAAUGUCAGAGGUGGAGCAAUCGUCGCAUAUGCAGUAAUCAACAAUCUUGGUUCAUUCUUGGCACCGAUGGUUCUCUUCAUUGAGAAAAACAAAGACCCUUUGAACUGGAAGGUUGCUGUUUUAACUCAGUGGGCAUUCUUAGGUAUCAUGUUACCAAUCUUCAUCUGGUUACCUGAGACCCCGUCAUAUUUCGCCGCUAGAGACCUUCAUGAUCAAGGACUUGCUGUACUUCGAAGAGUCAAUGGGAAUGUAGAAGGCUAUGACGUCGAUGCAGAAUAUGAAGUUAUCAAAAAUAUUAUUGCUGAGGAACGUGAGCGGCGAGAAGCAGAAGGUAUGAUAGAUGGUAACUGGAGAACUCUCUUGAAAAGCUACGGUGAUUGCUUCAAAGGUACCAAUCUUAAACGAACGAUCGCAUCUUCUUUACCUGCGAGUGUUCAACAAUUGACUGGUCUCGCUUUCUUAUCUGGUUAUGCAUCCUUAUUCUUCCAACAAUCUGGAUUUACAAACGCUUUUGAGAUUACCACUAUUCUAUUCGCUGUCAAGAUUGUUGCUGUUAUCGUCAUCUGUUUGACAACUGAUCGAUUAGGUAGAAGAUCAAUGGUUUUGAGCUUUGGUGUACUUUGUACUUUGAUGUUACUCAUCGUUGGUGUUCUCGGUCAAGUACACAAGAAUGGAGCUACCAAGAUUAUCUUGAUCUUGGCUGCUUGUCUUUGGAGUGUUGGAAGUGUCGGUCUUGGAGCUCUCGGUUGGACAUUCGCAGGUGAAGUAGCUUCUCAGAAACUCAGAGCAAGAACUUCAGGUUUAGGUUCUGCGAUUGCUGUCCUCUUUGGUCUCACCUUCAAUACUGCCGUACCUACUAUGCUCCAAACAAACGGUGCAAAUCUCGGAUAUAACACAUCGUGGAUCUUCUUCGGCACAUCUAUUGUCGUCCUCAUCGUCGCAGUCUUUUAUUUGCCAGAAACAGCUCAGCGAAACUCUGCUGAACUGGAUGAGAUGUACGAAAAGGGAGUUCCAGCUUGGAAGAUGAAGAAAUUCGUCACAGACGUGCAAAAGGCUCAUGCUGCUAGAAAUGGUGACACUAUUCGUACAUGA